AUGAAGAAAUUCGUCGUUUUCUUUGCUGCUCUGUUGGUUGUAAUCAGCUCGUUUGGAGUUCAGGGACAACCGAAUUAUGAGCCGCAACAUUAUCCUAACGUACCCAUCAGAGACAAUAGUGUGAUGAACGUCCAAGAAGGCGAACAAAUCUCACAUUUGGCUUCUAGAUUCUUUUUCAAUUCCAAAAAUGGUGGUCGAAGAGGUGGAAACGCAGGAAGUCAUGGAAAGAAAGUCACCAAAAAGCCCAAGUUGACUGAAUAA